AUGGUCUGCAGUCUUCAUGACCAUGUGGACUCAACCACAGAACUUCAUGACCACCAUCAGCCGUUCCUGGAAGUGAAGGUUCUGGAGACGACCAAACGCUCUCGGAGGAACCUGGGCCUGGACUGCGACGAGCACUCCACCGAGUCCCGCUGCUGCCGCUACCCUCUGACGGUGGACUUCGAGGCUUUCGGCUGGGACUGGAUCAUCGCGCCCAAGCGCUACAAAGCCAACUACUGCUCGGGCCAGUGCGAGUACAUGUUCAUGCAGAAGUACCCGCACACCCACCUGGUGCAGCACGCCAACCCCCGGGGCUCGGCGGGGCCCUGCUGCACCCCGACCAAGAUGUCGCCCAUCAACAUGCUGUACUUCAACGACAAGCAGCAGAUCAUCCACGGCAAGAUUCCCGGCAUGGUGGUGGAUCGAUGUGGUUGCUCUUAGGCUGCGAGGACGACACGCUUGUGCACAUUCGCCAUUCCAUCAAAACACACAAAACCCAAAUGAAGCCGUCCCCUGGCACAAGAACACACUACUUGGUACUAGGUUUCUCACACACACACACACACACACACACACGUCCUUGAUUCCAGCUUGUAAAAGUUCAAUCGAAACGAGGGACUGAGCCAAGGAAUUACGGAGUGAACGUGAGGAUCUGCGGAAGUAAGUUUUUAUGAAUCGUCCACCUCGGCGGACGGAGAUGACAUUUCAAGCUUGGUCCGUCCUGAGGCCACCGAGACCUGUUGGACACGGCUCUAUGUCACACACUCUAACUCGCCGGGGAGCCACGGAACAAAACGCUUCGAGCAAACUUCACGGCAACUCGUAGAAAUGCAGUGAAAUGUUGUUUACAGACUGUCUUCAAACGUGACGCGGCGAGGACUUCCAAAAAACCAAACCUCUAAUGUGUAAAACCCUGGCGGGACCUUCUCGCCCAAUCUACAAAACCCUGAUCUCUUUCAUUUGGAGUCUUGUGAAAACUCCAAAAACUGCUAUUUGUGCCGAAGCAGCUGCUCGGCUUCGCUUGUACACUUGAGCCCAAAGUAGUCAGAUCCUGAAUUUUGUAUUGUCGUACUUUUAUCUCUUAGCUUGGAGAAAGUGGAGAAGACUGACUUCUGUCAAGUUCUCUGAAUAAAUCCGGCAAUCAUUUCCUGUAAUAUCAAUUAGUUUUGGAGUAAUCGGUACAUAACUAACAGUAUUUGAACGCCCAUCACCAAACUUGAAUAGGAGAAUUUCCUGUAAUAUCAAUUAGUUUUGGAGUAAUCGGUAAAUAACGGACUGUAUUUGAACACCCAUUACCAGGCUUGUUAUGGCGCCCACCAAUAAUUUCCUGUAAUAUCAAAUAGGUUUGGAGUAAUCGGUACAUAACUAACAGUAUUUGAACGCCCAUCACCAGACUCGAUAUGGAAAAUUUCCUGUAAUAUCAAAUAGUUUUGGAGUAAUCGGUACAUAACUAACUGUAUUUAAACACCCAUUACCAGGCUUGGUAUGGCGCCCACCAAGAAUUUCCUGUAAUAUCAAUUAGUUUUGGAGUAAUCGGUAAAUAACUAACUGUAUUUGAACGCCCAUCACCAGACUCGAUAUAGAGAAUUUCCUGUAAUAUCAAUUAGUUUUGGAGUAAUCGGUAAAUAACUAAAUGUAUUUAAACACCCAUUACCAGGCUUGUUAUGGCACCCACCAAGAAUUUCCUGUAAUAUCAAAUAGUUUUGGAGUAAUCGGUACAUAACUAACUGUAUUUGAACGCCCAUCACCAAACUCGAUAUGGAGAAUUUCCUGUAAUAUCAAUUAGUUUUGGAGUAAUCGGUAAAUAACUAACUGUAUUUGAACAACCAUUACCAGGCUUGUUAUGGCACCCACCAAGAAUUUCUUGUAAUACUAAUUAGUUUUUGACUAAAUGGUACAUAACUAACAGUAUUUGAACGCCCAUCACCAGACUCGAUAUAGAGAAUUUCCUGUAAUAUCAAUUAGUUUUGGAGUAAUCGGUAAAUAACUAAAUGUAUUUAAACACCCAUUACCAGGCUUGUUAUGGCACCCACCAAGAAUUUCCUGUAAUAUCAAAUAGUUUUGGAGUAAUCGGUACAUAACUAACUGUAUUUGAACGCCCAUCACCGAACUCGAUAUGGAGAAUUUCCUGUAAUAUCAAUUAGUUUUGGAGUAAUCGGUAAAUAACUAACUGUAUUUGAACAACCAUUACCAGGCUUGUUAUGGCACCCACCAAGAAUUUCUUGUAAUACUAAUUAGUUUUUGACUAAAUGGUACAUAACUAACAGUAUUUGAACGCCCAUCACCAAACUCGAAUAGGAGAAUUUCCUGUAAUAUCAAUGAAUUUGAGUAAUCGGUACAUAACAAACUGUAUUUGAACACCCAUUACCAGGUUUGUUAUGGCACCCACCAAGAAUUACCUGUAAUAUCAAAUAGUUUUGGAGUAAUCGGACAUAACUUACUGUAUUUGAACGCCCAUCACCAAACUCGAAUCGGAGAAUUUCUGUAAUAUCAAUUAAUUUUGGAGUAAUCGGUACAUAACAAACUGUAUUUAAACACCCAUUACCAGGUUUGUUAUGGCACCCACCAAGAAUUUCCUGUAAUAUCAAAUAGUUUUGGAGUAAUCGGUACAUAACUAACAGUAUUUGAACGCCCAUCACCAGACUCGAUAUGGAAAAUUUCCUGUAAUAUCAAUUAAUUUUGGAGUAAUCGGUACAUAACGAACUGUAUUUGAACGCCCAUACACCAGACUCGUUAUGACGGCCACCAAGAAUUACUUGUAAUAUCAAAUAGUUUUGGAGUAAUCGGUACAUAACUAACUGUAUUUGAACACCCAACACCAAACUCGUUAUGACGGCCACCAAUAAUUUCUUUAAUAUUAGUUAGUUCUGGAGUAAUCGGUACAUUACUAACUGUAUUUGAACGCCCAUCACCAAACUCGAAUAGGAGAAUUUCCUUUAAUAUCAAUUCAUUUUGAAGUAAUCGGUACAUAACGAACUGUAUUUGAACACCCAUUACCAGGCUUGUUAUGGCACCCACCAAGAAUUACCUGUAAUAUCAAUUAGUUUUGGAGUAAUCGGUACAUAACUAACUGUAUUUGAACACCCAUCACCAGACUCGUUAUGGCGCCCACCAAGAAUUACCUUUAAUAUCAAUUAGUUUUGGAGUAAUCGGUACAUAACUAACAGUAUUUGAACACCGAUUACCAGACUCGUUAUGACGGCCACCAAUAAUUUCCUUUAAUAUUAGUUAGUUUUUGACUAAUUGGUACAUAACUAACUGUAUUUGAACGCCCAUCACCAGACUCGAUAUGGAACAUUUCUUGUAAUAUCAAUUAGUUUUGGAGUAAUCGGUACAUAACUAACUGUAUUUGAACACCCAUUACCAGGCUUGUUAUGGCACCCACCAAUCAUUUCCUGUAAUAUCAAUUAGUUUUGGAGUAACUUGUACAUAACGAACUGUAUUUGAACGCCCAUCACCAGACUCGUUAUGGUGCCCACCAAGAAUUACCUGUAAUAUCAAAUAGGUUUGGAGUAAUCGGUACAUAACUAACUGUAUUUGAACACCCAUUACCAGGCUUGUUAUGGCACCCACCAAGAAUUUCUUGUAAUAUCAAUUAGUUUUUGACUAAAUGGUACAUAACUAACUGUAUUUGAACGCCCAUCACCAGACUCGAUAUGGAGAAUUACCUGUAAUAUCAAUUAGUUUUGGAGUAAUCGGUAAAUAACUAACUGUAUUUGAACGCCCAUUACCAAACUCGUUAUGACGGCCACCAAUAAUUUCCUUUAAUAUUAGUUAGUUUUGGAGUAAUCGGUACAUAACUAACUGUAUUUGAACGCCCAUCACCAGACUCGUUAUGGUGCCCACCAAGAAUUACCUGUAAUAUCAAAUAGUUUUGGAGUAAUCGGUACAUAACUAACUGUAUUUGAACGCCCAUCACCAGACUCGAUAUAGAGAAUUUCCUGUAAUAUCAAUUAGUUUUGGAGUAAUCGGUACAUAACUAACUGUAUUUGAACACCCAUCACCAGACUCGUUAUGGUGCCCACCAAGAAUUACCUGUAAUAUCAAAUAGUUUUGGAGUACUCGGUACAUAACUAACUGUAUUUGAACAACCAUCACCAGACUCGAUAUGGUGCCCACCAAGAAUUUCCUGUAAUAUCAAUUAGUUUUGGAGUAAUCGGUACAUAACUAACAGUAUUUCAACGCCCAUCACCAGACUCGUUAUGGUGCCCACCAAGAAUUACCUGUAAUAUCAAAUAGUUUUGGAGUAAUCGGUACAUAACGAACUGUAUUUGAACGCCCAUCACCAGACUCGUUAUGGUGCCCACCAAUAAUUUCCUGUAAUAUCAAAUAGUUUUGGAGUAAUCGGUACAUAACUAACUGUAUUUGAACGCCCAUCACCAGACUCGAUAUGGAAAAUUUCCUGUAAUAUCAAUUAAUUUUGGAGUAAUCGGUACAUAACUAACUGUAUUUGAACAACCAUCACCAGACUCGAUAUGGUGCCCACCAAGAAUUUCCUGUAAUAUCAAUUAGUUUUGGAGUAAUCGGUACAUAACUAACUGUAUUUGAACACCCAUCACCAGACUCCAUAUGGAGAAUUUCCUGUAAUAUCAAAUAGUUUUGGAGUAAUCGGUACAUAACGAACUGUAUUUGAACACCCAUUACCAGACUCGUUAUGGCGCCCACCAAUAAUUUCCUGUAAUAUCAAAUAGUUUUGGAGUAAUCGGUACAUAACUAACAGUAUUUGAACGCCCAUCACCAGACUCGAUAUGGAAAAUUUCCUGUAAUAUCAAUUAAUUUUGGAGUAAUCGGUACAUAACUUACUGUAUUUGAACACCCAUCACCAGACUCGUUAUGGUGCCCACCAAGAAUUACCUGUAAGAUCAAAUAGUUUUGGAGUAAUCGGUACAUAACUAACUGUAUUUGAACGCCCAUUACCAGGUUUGUUAUGGCGCCCACCAAUAAUUUCCUGUGAUAUCAAUUAGUUUUGGAGUAAUCGGUACAUUACUAACAGUAUUUGAACGCCCAUCACCAAACUCGAAUCGGAGAAUUUCCUGUAAUAUCAAUUAAUUUUGGAGUAAUCGGUACAUAACUAACUGUAUUUGAACGUUCAUCACCAGACUUGAUAUGGAGAAUUUCCUGUGAUAUCAAUUAGUUUUGGAGUAAUCGGUACAUAACUAACUGUAUUUGAACGCCCAUCACCAAACUCGUUAUGACGGCCACCAAAAAUUUCCUUUAAUAUUAGUUAGUUUUGGAGUAAUCUGUACAUUACUAACUGUAUUUGAACGCCCAUUACCAAACUCGAUAUGGAGAAUUUCCUUUAAUAUUAGCUAGUUUUGGAGUAAUCGGUACAUAACUAACUGUAUUUAAACACCCAUUACCAGGCUUGUUAUGGCACCCACCAAUAAUUUCCUGUAAUAUCAACUAUUUUUGAGUAAUCGGUACAUAACUAACUGUAUUUGAAUACUCAUCACCAGACUCGUUAUGACAGCCACCAAGAAUUUCCUCGAAAAUAGUCAGCAUUUUUUGCCACUUUUUGUCAUUUCCAGCUAAAUAAAAACAUUUUCAUGUAAAAAAGCAAAGAAAAAAAUUCCGGUUAAAGCUUAGAAUGUUGCUAGUUUAUGAACACUUUGCAGCCCAGGUGUACAUUGGGAAGGUGAGCAGGGAUCAAAACAAAGAAAUUCCCGAUAAUGUUAAUAAGAGUCAUUGAUGUAAAUAAAAAAAUGUAUAAAAGUUCAUGGCUGUCGAAUAAAACGUGCGCUGCAGUGUUCAUA